UAAGAAAUGGCAGCUGGAGGCGACUGGGCUUCACUGCCCAGUGUUGUCCUUGAGGAUAUUUUUUCGAAACUGUCUCCCAAAGACAGGAUCAGAGCCUCAUCAACGUGUCAUAAAUGGAGGGAAUAUCUGUUUCUGCCUCAGUUUUGGCCGGUGAUAACCUUCAAUUUGAAUUACAAAGGCCGCACAAGAUCCAGAUUUUUUAGUUCCAAAUGCGCGAAAUUUGUGAAGGAAGUAACGAUUGAGUUUAAUUCGACGCGAAGUUCGCAAGUAUGGGACUGUACCCGUUUAUUAGAACUGUUGUCUAGAAAUGGACAACUGGAAUGCUUGUCCCUUCGCCCAUCAAAUUGUUAUUUCGAUGGAGGCGAUGGCAGUUUGGAAAGGUAAAGUACAUUGUCCCAGAUUGCAUGAUGUUGAAUUGUUUACAUAGCCUCGUUUUGAAUCAGCUGUUUUUAGUCAACAUUAUUAAACGUAGCCUAGCAUUAUUACUUGUAUUUUAGCAUGCCUGUAACGAAAUUCUUUGUUACUUUAUAUAACUGAUUGAUUUGUUUAAAAUCCUCUUUUAACAAUGAAUUUUUAUUUUUAAAUUUAUGGAUAUAAUAACUACUAUACUCAAACUGACACUGACAGUACUGAAAUGAUAAUGAUGUUACUUAGACUUAGACUUAGACUUAGUAGUCUCUUAGUUAGGCCUGCAGUAUUUCCAUUUAAUAAAUUCAAUUCUAUUUUAAUUUCAUUUUCUAUAGCCUGUAAUUAUAGCUAUACUGCUUAUACUAAUACUAUCUUAUGUAAAGUCUAUUAUAUACUCUAUACUCUAUAUAAUAUGUAUAAGUCUAGUCCAAAGAGAGACCAAAUUGUACUGUUGGCGUUGGUAACAACAAAUUACUUCAAACAAACAAAAUAAUGCCAAUAAUGCACCAAAAGUCCAAGUUCAAGCUCUGAACUGUACCAUUUGGAACUUUUGCUCUUAUGGCUGUUCGGAUGCAAUGAUUGAUAUUAUUAGGGGAUAAAGAUUUAAAGAAUAAGACAGUUAACAUUUUACAACAUUACAUGGGACGACAUGCCUACAUGUGUUGGAAAAUGGUACAUUCCCUAUAUAUAUAUUUAUAGUCUUUAACUAACUAAAGCUAAUCUAAUGUCAAACUCUCCCUUUCCCAUACAACUCUUCAAGUAACUCUCAGCAUCAACCCCCCCCCCUCUAAAAAAAAACAACAAAACCUAUCAGUAUCAGUCAUCAACUCCACUUGUUCCCAAACCAAUUUUCUUUCCCUGAUAAGAACCCUAUCCCUCUACUUCUCACCAUUGUCACACCAAGCCACUAUAUUUCCAUACCUCCCCUACUAGCUAACAGUGACAUUACUCAUCUGGUGUAGGCCUGCAUAACAUAUGGUCCGCCAGCACCCACUUGUGGCUCAGGAAGUAAGGAAAUGGUCUUUAUUAAUAAUCUUUUGGCCUUGACAAGUUUUUCAUUAAGUAUUACAACCCACCUUACAUUUUGAGUUGUGCAGGCCUGGUCCAGUGGGGACGGGUAGGCCUAUAUGUGUCUAAUUUUGUGUGUGUCAGUGGGGAAAGGCAGGGGUGUCAAAUUUGCAGCAAAAAUAGAGUGACAUCAUUUAUGGAUGGCCCCUAGCUCUUAGAGUAAUUAUCUUCAUGUGUUUUAUUGGUACUUUAAAGGAUAAUCAGAUUUCCUAUUAUCACUCUGUUUUUGAAAACGAAUAUCAGUUACUGGUUUUUACAGAACAAUUAUCAUAUGCAUUUUUUUAUGGAAGCAGAAAACAUAAUGAGCUAAAGCAUAAAAUGAAGUUUAAAAAUAUAAUAUCAAGAUGCCUAUUUAUAUUGAAAAUAAUGAGUUGCUGAUACCCAUUUCCAAAAAACUUUUUUGGCCUUAAAAGUUAUUUUAUGAAAAAACUAUAUUUCAAUGAAUCUUGUAAUCAGUACAUCAAUAUGCCAGUAUCUAUAUCUAUUGGAAAGUAAAGUUAAACAGACACAAAGCAAUGUAAAUCACUGAAAUAAAAUACUAAAAGCAGUUAUCAUUGGUUAAUUACAGAACUUCUCCUUGAAAAUUGUGCAGUUUUAAAUCACCUGCUAAGCUAUGUCUACCUACCACAAAGGCCAAUAUAAGCAAUUAUCAUUUGAGCGUCAGAUUUUGCCAAAAUGUUAAUCUAGAACAUCCCUAGGAAAUUUCCAUAUUGUGAAAGCUCUGCCUCAAAAAAAAAAAGAAGGCGGACAGUAUAUACAAAUUAUUUUCAAUGCCCAUUAUAUUUUGAUAAAACAAAAACGAUUUUAUUUGCCUCACCUCAGAGAAUUAAAUUCAACAGCAUUACUUAAGUCUUGAAACGAUUGUUUUUUUCAAAAAAAAAAAUUUAGUUUGAAAUGAAUUAUCUGGAUGAAUUGAUUUAUUUUAUUAUAUAUAAAAAAAAUUAUAAUUUUUAAAUAAUAAAAACAUCUCACUGUAAUAUCAUUUUUAGGAAUAGCCUAUUGAGCUUUUUUUCAGGGACACAUUUCUUAGCCAUUACACAAUAAUGAUAUUAUUAUUUUAUAGCUUAGUUGAGGAGUAUUUGACACAAUUCAACCACCACCACCCUCUGAAAACCACAGGCAGUAAUUUUAAUCUUGCUCCAUUCAUAGUUUUAUUUAAUUGCUCUUGCACUAUCAUUUGAUCACAUAAUCCUAUUCACAUUCCAUGUUUAUCUAUGUGCAAUCUCAUAGUCAUCUAUAUAUAUAUAAUUAUUGUUCAAUAAUUCCCGUCUCUUUUAGUUUUGAAAGUAGUCAAUAAUGAAUGGAUGUUUUUUCCCCAGCUUUCUUGAAUCACUUCGAUUGGUGGUGAAAAAAAACAGGCGUCUCCUCCACUUGUCUUUGGGCUGCACUGAAAUCCUUUUAAAUAACUCCCAAGAAGUGCUCAGUCUACUUGUCAAGCAUCAUGGACCCUCACUCCAAUCUCUUCAUCUUGCCAGUGUGAAGGAAGACUCCAGUAACUAUAACCUUCCUUUCAUUGGACUAGACAGCAUAUCUGCAUUUUCAAAUCUGCGAUCUCUGAGUUUAGACUAUGAUUUUCUCUCCCCAAAGUUAAUGGCAACUUUAGCUCACCGUAAGCACACAGCUCCUCCUUUGCAGAGUCUCAGCAUUCAUAUCCACCGUGUUGGCCCAAGACAACCUACAGAGGAAAUGUGGAAGGAACUGACUGAUGCUAGUCCUAACUUGGAGCUGACACUAAACUUAGUACACUCCAUAGAAGGCAUUCAGGCACUUUUGGAUAUUCUGAAACCCUCUAUGCCGCUAACACACUUUCGUCAGUACUUUUGUGGAGACAUAAGCGUUGCAUCGUUAAACAUGAUAAGCAGUCACUACCGCUCUACCUUGCGCUCCCUAACAAUUAUAGAAGCAAUUGAAAUUCAACCCAUCAACUAUAAUAAUGGUUAUGAUACAGAGGAUCCUUUUGUAAUGCUGGCCUGGCGUUGCACUAGACUGGAAGUCUUGAAACUUAUUGGUAAGUUGUUUUUGUGCAAUACCUCUUUUAUAAAAUAAAACUAUUUGGUACUCAUCAGAUUCAAUGAAGCUCUUACCAAAUUUGCCUUCAACUCUAUCACUAGUUGAAAAUUUGUUUCACUAGCGUAAUUUUUCUUUCUCUUUAUUUUACAAUCAAAAGUUUUCUAACAAAGCUUGUUUUAAAGAAAUUCAUCAAAAUUUAAAAACCAUUUCCUCAACAACAUUGUGGAAAUUUCAGGUGUUUCUUUGGACCAGAAAGACUUGGUAGCCAUAGCCCGCCUCAGGAGUGGACUACGUGAAUUGAUGGUGCCAUCUUGUUGUGUUUUCUGGAGUGAAGAAGAUGAAGACUAUUACGAUGAAGAUGAAGCUCUCUUGGAUCUGCAGUACAAGGUGAGAAUGUUGGCAAUAUUUUAAAUGCUGUAUAUUAUGAUUUUAACAUGUGUAAUUAAUAAUAUUAACUUGCUAUUUUUCCUGUAUUAAAAUGUUUAUUUUAUGGUUAUUCUGUUAGCAUUUCUGUUAGGAUUUUAUCAUGCGAAAAUCUUCAUCAUAUGAAUUAAGAUAUUGAUUUUCAUUAGGGAAAAUGAGACUUAGAGAGUUUUGGAAAGAGAUCUUAAUUUUAAAUAAAACGAUUUAUUAGUCAAAUUACGUUACCAUUAAACAUGUCUACGCUCUUUGGUGUGAAGGGGGUGGGGUCAUUUCUAGAUUUGCAGUGCUUAUUCUAUCCUUUAUUAUUCCCAGGUUUCAGAAAGCCUUGGAAGGAAGUGGCAUCUGCUACCAGAGUUCAGUGUUCCACCAGCCGUUUUCUUUAGGAAUGCAAGUGCAGACAAUGCCUACAUGAAUGAGUUGUUAGAAGACCAGGUGUGGAGGAUGUAUUCAUAAGCUAUUCUAGACUUAAAUGAAUGGAAAGUAUUGACAGGACUCUAAAGGCUUCAACAGUUUAUAAUUUUUAAAAAGCACCAUUGAUAUAUUGGAGCUUCAACAUUUGUGUAAAAUAAUGGGAAAUCAAGCAAGAUGUAGACAUUCAAAAAAUACUUUUUAGAUUUAGAGACACAUGGCUAAUUAGAUAUUCUCAUAAAUUUUAUCCAUCAUUUUUAAAAAAAUUAAUUACUACCAAUUUGUAUCUUUUUAGUAUUGUUUCUAAAUUUUCCCUAUUUUUUUUUUGGAGGUGGGGGGCUGUGUGAAAUUCACCUUUCUAGAUUAACUUUGUCAAGAGUUGCUUUUUUAAAAAAAUUGAUGCGUUGAAGUGCAUGUUAGGUGUCCUAUAUGCCCUUAAGUCUAGAAAUGUAUUGGCAAUCUGAGUGAUUACUGAGAUUAAACAGGUGCAAAUUGUGCAUGGCGGUUACUAAAAAUUUCAACAAGGCGACACACUGGGCAGACCCUAAAUGCCUUUCACUAAAUUGUGUGUGUGUAAAUGUGAUUUUUAAUGAUUCUCUGCUGGAUACCAUUUAUUAACCCUUUAUAACAAAUUAAACAAAUUUGUCCAACAUUCUUUAAAAGUGUAAGCAAUGAAAUUAUGUUUUAAAUUUAUGAAUUUAAUUUUUUUUUGUAGAGUGUGACAAUCAAUGGCAUUUAACAUGUCAGUCUCUGUUACUUUUAGUCAAAGGUAUUCUUACAAUCAUCUCUGCAUAGUUUAAACAAUUAUUACUGUUAAAUUAUUCUUAUUUUUUUCAAUCCCCAGGUAAAUUUUAACAAAUUUAAAAACUGCAUUAAUGGAAUGGAUGAGUGAGUUUGCUUUGGCUCACAUUGGAUGUAAAUGAGAAAAUUUAAUUUAUUUAAAAAAAUCAUUCCCUUUUACGGGUCUACUUCAGGAAUGAUUGAAUAUUUUAAUGCAAAAAGUAUAUCCACAGUUCUUUUCUUAAACAAUAUACCACUGAGCAAGUAUUUGAAUUAGAAAGCUUUGCUCUUUACUACUCUCGGGAGGAUAUUAUUACAUGCAAAACAAAAUUUUAAACAGAAUUUAAUACCUGUAGUGAUUACAUUAAGAAAAUCUCACAAAAUGUUUUUGAUGCAGUGAAAGUUUAAAAAGAAAACUUUGAAGCCAAAGCAAAGCAAUUCACAAGGAGAGCAUGUUGUUAUAUGUUUGUUGUUUGCUGAACAUCAAUUUAUUUUGAUUGAAACACAUUAACACCACUGAUGAAUACACAAACAGAAAGGACAGCAACAGUACUUAACAUCAGAUUUUUAUAUCAAGUGCAUCAAUCCAUACAAACUGCACACCAUUAUAUAUUUACAUGUAAUACUACCAACAGUUAACUAUUUUACUUGUUGCGGGCUGUGAUAAAAAAAAGAACUUGUGAUAUGAGAAAAUUUAGAACAGUACUUGCAUAAAAAGACUUUUCAUUCGUGGUUUAUCAUUUAUUUACAUAUUGUAAAUACAUACUAAUUAACAGAUUUAUUUUGAAGUCACUCAAAUCAGGCAUAUGCACAUUUGUUAGUAUGGUAGAAUUCUGAUAUUUGUAUUAUGUGCACAUUUUAUCAAAUAUUUUGCCAAAUGGUUACCUC